GAGAUGGACGGGACCAACGACAGCAGCCUUGGGGACUUCAUCCUGGUGGGCUUCUCCCACCACCCCCUUCUGGAGAGGGUCCUGUUUGCGGUCAUCCUGAUCGCCUAUGUGCUGACCCUGGUGGGCAACAGCGCCAUCAUCCUGGUGUCCCGGCUGGACCCGCACCUGCGCACCCCCAUGUACUUCUUCCUCACCCACCUGUCCUUCCUGGACCUGAGCUUCACCAGCAGUUCCAUCCCCCAGCUGCUCUACAACCUGAGUGGGCAGGACAAGACCAUCAGCUACGCGGGCUGCUCCGUGCAGCUCUUCCUGUUCCUGGCGCUGGGGGGCGUGGAAUGCCUGCUCCUGGCCGUCAUGGCCUACGACCGCUUCGUGGCCAUCUGCAGGCCCCUGCACUACUUGGCGAUGAUGAGUCCCAGGCUCUGCCUGGGGCUGGUGUCCAUGGCCUGGGGCUGUGGGGUGGCCAACUCCCUGGCCAUGUCUCCAGUGACCCUGAGCCUGCCACGCUGCGGGCACCGGCAUGUGGACCACUACCUGUGUGAGAUGCCGGCCCUCAUCCGCAUGGCCUGUGUGGACACGGCAGCUGUGGAAGGCAGCGUCUUUGUCCUGGCGGUGGGCAUCGUGCUGUGCCCCCUGGCGUUCAUCCUGGUCUCCUAUGGCUACAUCCUGAGGGCAGUGUUAAGGAUGCACUCCUCCUCGGGAAGGCACAAAGUCUUCAACACCUGCGGCUCGCACCUGACAGUGGUGUCGCUGUUCUACGGGAACAUCGUCUACAUGUACAUGCAGCCAGGCCGUGGCAGCUCCCAGGAGCAGGGCAAGGUGCUCACCCUCUUCUACAACAUCGUCACGCCCCUGCUCAACCCCCUCAUCUACACCCUCAGGAACAAGGAGGUGAAGGGGCGCUGA